GUAUAAUGUGAACGGUGCUUCAUACCAAAACUGUAUUGCUGAAGUGACUCAAAUGUAUUUUAGUCAAGUAUUACUUUUUUUUUUGUUCGUACACAAAACUCACUGUGGGUUCAUUAGAAUGCAGUAGUAAAGAAAAAGGCAGCCACACAUGCAUAUUUGCAUAGUUCAGAUCAAGUGAUUUCAAAUUGUGUGAGACAAAGUGAUGAGAAAAGAAUGCCAUGGAAAAGUAAAAUUGGACUAAAAAUCAAUGGAAACAAUCAAAAUAAAAAUGGAUACUUAAAACAAAGAAGUGCAACGUAGUUGGAAGUUGAAAUAUAUUCGAAGACAAGAAGAAGAAAAAAAACCUAUUCAUCAAAUUGAGACAUUGACAUCAUCAUCCGAACAAAUUGCGGAAUAGACAGAAGAAUUUUGUUUUUUUCUCAUUUAAAAAUCGAAACAGUGAUUCCAGUGAUUUUGUGUGUGUAAACAGUAUUUUGUUCAGUCGUUUUGUUUACUUUGCCAUUCAUUUUGGGUGAGAGUGAGAGAGAGAGAGAGAGAGAGAGAGAGAGAGAGCUGUGUUUGUGUCGUGGAUUGCGUGCUAUUGUGUUUAUUAAACGCGUCGCAAUUCCGUGGACAAUUGAAGCAAAUACGCGUAUACAACGAACUAAAAACCAUCGAAACGAAGAGGGAAUUCUUUGUGAAAAAACACCUAACCUAGAAAAAAGCCUAGAUUUUUGUUGAAUAAAAUACCUUAAUUUGUCAUCGACAUACAAAGAGCGUGUGUGCGUGUGCGAUAAAAAUCGAAUCUCAACGACAGCAACGGAAGGGAAAAAAACAACAAAAAUGACAUUGAAAAUUGUUUACGGAACAAUUGUACUGUGUGCGGUAUGGAGCACAAUCGCGCUAGCCGAACAAUCCAAAGUAAUCGAUUUGAAUGAGGAAAAUUGGCGUUCAAUUCUCGACAAAGAGUGGAUGAUUGAAUUUUAUGCGCCAUGGUGUCCGGCAUGUAAAAAUUUAGCGCCUGCCUGGCGUAAAUUGGGCGAAUGGUCAAAUGAUAUUGAUAUACGAACGGCACAAAUUGAUGUGACCACAUCGCCGGCGCUGAGUGGGCGUUUCCUAGUUGCUGCUCUGCCAACCAUAUUCCAUGUGAUUAACGGUGAAUUUCGACAAUACCGUGGUCCAGGUGACGCUGACUCAUUCAUCACAUUCAUCGAAGAACGGAAAUGGAAGGACAUUGACCCGGUUUCAGCGUGGAAACAUCCAGACUCCGUUCAAAUGACAAUUAUGUCAUACUUUUUCAAAUUGUCACACUACCUGAAAGAGGUGAACAAUGUGAUGCUCAUCGAUUAUGGAAUGCCACCAUGGUUGACAUACGUUCUGUUUGCCAUUGUUACGAUUUUGUUGGGCGCAUUGUUGGGCUUGAUUUUAGUAUCGAUUAUCGACUUGAUUUUCCCAUCGCAAAGUAGUCGACAAAGUUUUGCACAAGGUCAAGCACCAUCAACCGAUGAAGAUGCACGCGAUGUAAUCGAAGAUGAUGAUGCAACAUCGGCCGCGGUUGCAGCCAACGAUGAUGAUGAUGACGACGAUGAAGAAGAAGAUGAAGCACCAUCCACGUCGGAAGGUGAAAAAUUCUCCGGAAGCGAAUCCGAUGCAUCGAACGAAGAUGAUAAGGAUGUUCAACAAACCGAUGUGAAAAAAUCACCAAAUAGCGAACCUGAAGUUCGAAAACGUAAACCACGAAAAGCCGAUUAGAAACAAAUGAAAAACAUCACACAGAGAGGUAGAGAACAACAACCAAAAGCGAGCUCUACAUCCUAGAACCAUCACACAAAUUGUAUGGUUUCCCUAGAUUAAGCCAACAACAUCAUACUUCUUUUUUCUGUUUUUUUUUUUCGGGAACAGCAUUUUAAAAAAACCAAUGAAGAAUAACUUUUUCUGCUUUACUUGAAAAGUCAUUGAAACAUCGUAUUGACCUAAGCUAAUUAGUUCAUGACAAAGAAAAAAAAAACACAUGUCAUAAUCACUAACAUCUAAAGAUCUAACAUCAUUAAAAUCAAGCAAUCACAUUGAAUAUCUACAAGAUAUUGAGGUCUAACACACACUUGGCCCCAGGCACAUACAACACAGUAAUAUAUUUAUUUUCUAAGAGAACCGAAAUUUCAUUUUCACUUACAAAAUAUUUUUCUUUUUGUUCCUUUCUUUCGGUAAAAAAACAUAUAUAUAUUGUUAACGAUACAAUUUAAAAAAAAAAAACAAAUGUAUAAGUGUUUGGUUUGCAUUUUUCUCUUCAAUAUUAUUAUUAUCACCAAUUUAACAAUGCAUUUUAUAAAUAAUAAUUUUUGCCUACUUAUUUUUCGAUGUUGUAGUUGUUAUUUCCCGAUUAUGAAAUGAAAAAAAAAACGAAUUUUAUUUAAACAAACACAGUUUGCGAUUAAUGUUUCCGGUUUGUUUGAACGCAAAAUUCAAUUGCGAAACCAUUUUGAAUGAACGCUUUAUUAUAUCGUACCAAUCACAUCAUUUUUCUGGAGGAAAAAACACACACACUAAAACAACAAAAACAAUACGAAUAAACAAACUGAAUUGUGCCGUUAAAAUGUUCAAUAUUUAAUUGCAUUUAAAUUUGUAUUUAAAAUUUAAGAAAGAAAAUUACAAGAAAAAUAAUAAAUAAAUGCUCCGAAAAAAA